AUGACAUUCUCGUCAGUUAACGAUUUGACUGCUAGACUUGAGAAGCUGGAACAAAAUAUAACCUUGACACUACAGGAAAUUGACAACAAUUUUUCCAGAUGUCAACAUAAAGUAUCUACCAGAAUAUUACCACAAAUAUCGCGUUUUGCAGAGAUUUCAGAGGAUAUUUGGGAAAAUUCAAAGUUAUGGUGGUCCUUCUUUGAAUCCCUAGAUUUAUCUUCUUCAAAUGAUAACUCUUCACCACCUUCGAUGGAAGACUUCGAUAGUUCCAAUGAAAAAAAGAAAUGUGAUGAGGUUUUAUCAAACGCGACGAACAGAUCUUCAAAUAAUAACUCUUCACCACCUUCGAUGGAAACUUUCGAUAAUUCCAAUAACAAAAAGAAGUGUGAUGAGAUUUUAUCAAACGCGACGAACAAUAGUAAGACCACUAACUCGAGUAUCUACCCACCUUCUGCGAAAUAUCUUUCCAUUUCAUCGACACCAUUGCAAGAUCCACCAAUGUUGGAACACAAGUUACUACAAUCAUUAGCUUGGGGUGAAAAAAUUCCAAAGAAGAAAGGGUCAGGUGACCUUUCUCAUGGCACCAGCUCUACUUACAUAUCUAUGCCAGCUUUACCGCCGUCCGAUUGUAGACCAAAUACGUUGAUAGAACGCGUGAUGCAAAGGCAACAAAUGUUGGCCAGGCAAACGCCUCUAAGACCUAUUAUAGAAAACAAUCCAUAUAAAGGAGCAAAUUCUCGUCCUGCCUCCUAUUUCCCUGGCGGUCCACCGUCGUCCCGUGGUACUGAUAGUGACUUUGCCGAAUUCUCACCACCAGUCACAAUCCAAUUUUCAGUUGCACCAUCAAAAUUACUGAAAACUCCGGCGAAGGAAGCUGCGAAGAUUAUCGUUGAUGAUCUUAUAAGCAUAUUAAGUCCAGUUCCACCGACUCCAGUUAGCGUAGAUGAAGAUGGGUACUGUACUGUUAAAUCAAAGACCUUUUCCAACGUGUUGGAUUCCAAAAUCCUUCCAAGUUUUCACUUGGCUUCGUCACCAAGCGUUCGCGGUAAGCAGUCCAUUCCAAAAUACGAACCACAAAUUGGUACACUCAAUCUACAAGAUAUAAUGGGUCUAGAGGUAAAUAAUUAUGAAAAUAACUUUAAAGAUGAAAUCUUAUGUAAUGAUGAACAAGACGACGAAAAUGAAGAUGAUGGAUUGCGAGAAGAUGAUACUUUCUUUAACUGCAAAGCAGCGAUUUUAGCUAGGCAACAAUUAGAGUUUAGAACCGGGUUAUAG